GUUGGGAAAAAGAUAACGGGGAGGAUGGCGACGGAAGGGGUGAAGAGAGGGGCAUGGACUGGCAAGGAGGACGAAACCUUGGCUUCCUACGUCAAGGCGCAUGGCGAAGGCAGAUGGAACGAAGUCCCCCAGAGAGCUGGUCUUCGGCGGUGCGGCAAGAGCUGUCGGCUGCGGUGGCUGAACUACCUCCGGCCGAACAUCAAGCGGGGAAACAUAUCCAACGAUGAGGAGGACACCAUCGUCAGGCUCCACGCUCUCCUUGGCAACAGGUGGUCGCUCAUCGCUGGCAGGUUGCCCGGCCGAACAGACAACGAAAUCAAGAACUACUGGAAUAGCACCCUUGGCCGGAAGGUGCUUCCCGCACCACAUUCCGCCACCAGGAUGGUUGCCACGCCAGACACCUCCGCCGGCUCCGGAUCUUACACAGAGGCGUCGGCAAGUCUGUCUAGCUCUGGACCUGGUACAAGCGACAAGGCUGCGACGCCGUCGCCGCUGCCGGCCACGCUGUGGGCGCCAAAGCCUGUGAGGCACACGGGGCACCCCUUCUUCCUCCGGGAUAGGCCGCCGCCCUUGCCGGUUGCGGAGACGCGAACCGUGGCCAACGGGGAUGCCUGCAGCGGCAGCAGCUCGGUGACAUCGGAGUUCCCGGCUGUACCGCCCUCGUUAGGCAGUGACGACUGGAUGCACGAAGUGAGAGGGUUAACAUUUCAGAAAGCAUAGGCUUUCCUACGCCCCUUAUCUAGCCACUCAUUUUUGUAUCGCGAUUCGUGCGAGUACAUUUGUUUCUUUGUUUCUCCCAUAUAGAACAACAUAUGAACUUCA